CUCCCAGCCUGACUGGCAGGUUUAAAACCCACUGUGCACACAUCGAAGCAAGCUGCAGGUACCAUUGAAGGUCUGUAGACUUACAGAAGGCUCAGAAGCAUGGAAAGCCUCUGUGCAGCCAACACCACUUUUGCAGUGGACCUGUUAAGGAUGCUGUGUGAGAAGAAAAGUGGGCAGAACGUGUUCUUUUCGCCCUUUAGUAUUUCUUCUGCUUUGUCUAUGGUUUUGCUGGGUUCAAAAGGUAGCACAGAAGCCCAAAUAAGCAAGGUGCUUUCUCUGAGCAGCACCCAAGAUGCUCACAAUGGGUAUCAAUCCCUUCUCUCUGAAAUCAAUGAUCCGAACACCAAAUAUAUCCUCAGAACUGCGAACCGCCUCUAUGGAGAAAAGACCUUGGAGUUUCUCCCAUCUUUUAUAGAGUCGAGUCAGAAAUCCUACCAUGCUGGCCUGGAGCAGAUGGACUUCCUGCAUGCUUGGGAGGAUUCCAGGAGGCAAAUCAAUGGCUGGGUAGAGGAAAAGACUGAAGGUAAAAUUCAGAACCUGUUGGCUGAGGGGACUCUGAAUUCUUUCACCAGACUUGUGUUGGUGAAUGCCAUCUAUUUCAAAGGCAACUGGAAAGAGCAAUUCAAUAAAAAGAGUACCACAGAAUGGGAAUUCCGAAUUAAUAAGAAUGAGACCAGACCUGUGCAGAUGAUGUUCAAGGAGGCACAUUUUAACAUGACCUACAUUGGGGACUUCCAGACCAAAAUCCUUGAGCUCCCGUAUGUGGGUAAUGAGCUGAGCAUGAUCAUCCUGCUCCCUGAUUCAAUCCAGGAUGGAUCCACAGGCUUGGAAAAACUGGAAAGAGAACUCACAUAUGAGAAGCUAAUAGAUUGGAUCAAUCCAGAAAUGAUGGACUCUACAAAGGUGCGGGUGUCUUUACCCAGAUUUAAACUGGAAGAAAAUUAUGAUCUGAAACCCCUUCUGAGGAGCAUGGGAAUGCUGGAUGCAUUUGAUUCAGGGAAGGCAGACUUUUCAGGAAUUUCAUCUGGCAAUGACAGACUCCUCCUCUGCUUGCAUUUGGACCUUCAAGGAAGCAGGAAAGCUGUCGGUUCUGCUUUCAGCGGUGCGGGGAAAGCUGCUGUGCUAGGAAGCAUGGAAAGCCUCUGUGCAGCCAACACCACUUUUGCAGUGGACCUGUUAAGGAUGCUGUGUGAGAAGAAAAGUGGGCAGAACGUGUUCUUUUCGCCCUUUAGUAUUUCUUCUGCUUUGUCCAUGGUUUUGCUGGGUUCAAAAGGUAGCACAGAAGCCCAAAUAAGCAAGGUGCUUUCUCUGAGCAGCGUCAAGGAUGCUCACAAUGGGUAUCAAUUCCUUCUGUCCAAAAUUAAUGAUCCCAACAGCAAGUACAUCCUGAGAACUGCAAACCGGCUGUACGGAGAAAAGACCUUGGAGCUUCUUCCAUCUUUUACAGAGUUGAGCCAGAAAUCCUACCAUGCUGGCCUGGAGCAGAUGGACUUCCUGCAUGCUUGGGAGGAUUCCAGGAGGCAAAUCAAUGGCUGGGUAGAGGAAAAGACUGAAGGUAAAAUUCAGAACCUGUUGGCUGAGGGGAUUCUGAAUUCCUUGACCAGACUUGUGUUGGUGAAUGCCAUCUAUUUCAAAGGCAACUGGGAAGAGCAAUUUGAUAAACUGAGUACCAGUGAAAGGCCAUUCCGAAUUAAUAAGAAUGAGACCAGACCUGUGCAGAUGAUGUUCAAGACGGCACGUUUUAACAUGACCUACAUUGGGGACUUCCAGACCAAAAUCCUUGAGCUCCCGUAUGUGGGUAAUGAGCUGAGCAUGAUCAUCCUGCUCCCUGAUUCAAUCCAGGAUGGAUCCACAGGCUUGGAAAAACUGGAAAGAGAACUCACAUAUGAGAAGCUGAUGGUUUGGAUCAGUCCUAAAAUGAUGGAGUCUACAAACGUGCAGGUGUCUUUACCAAGAUUUAAAUUGGAAGAAGAUUACGAUCUUAAACCUAUUUUAAGAAGUAUGGGAAUGCUGGAUGCAUUUGAUUCAGGGAAGGCAGACUUUUCAGGAAUUUCAUCUGGCGACCAGCUGGUGCUCUCUGAAGUGGUUCACAAGUCCUUUGUGGAAGUCAAUGAAGAAGGUACAGAAGCAGCUGCUGCCACUGGGCUUGUGGCCGUUGCGUGCUGUGCAAUGAUAGUUCCUGAAUUCACUGCAGAUCAUCCCUUCCUCUUCUUCAUCCGGCACAACAAAACUCGCAGCAUUUUGUUCUGUGGUAGAUUUUGCUGUCCCUAA